CCCCACCUCACCUGAUUAUCAGUCAACUAUCGUCUCUCGUCGUUGUACAAGUUCUAACUUGUAGGUCUGAUCGAGUCCUUCAUGCACUGUUCUUGAUACGUUAUCUCAGUUAUCUCGUUACUCGUCAGUCGCCUCGCCUCAUUCUCGUCGUUCAUCCUGAUCUGAACACUUCAAAAGUAUAGUAAACGUGAAAGCAUUUUUAAAGUUCUUAACUUAGUUCGUUAUUUAACAAAAAGUGAGAAAGUUUUAAUUAAGUUACAUAAGUACCUUGGGCUUACCAUUACCAGUCUAACGUUCGCAUUUUUUUGGAAUUCCUUUGUUUGGGUGCUGCUAUCGGUAAAUUGGAAAUUCGAAUUCGAAUCGGAAUGGCUUGUGUAAUGAAAACAGCUUGUUGCGGAAAAUCUCUUCUACAUGUUGCUCAUGUGUUGCUUUACUUCAAUUUGAUCGUCGAUGUGCUGGUAUUGUGGAAUACGAGUACGAGUAGUGCCCGUAGUGGAGCUUCGAACUACAAUCCGAUUGAUUCGUAUCUCCUAGAUUUUCUGACUUCCGAUGGAUAUAUAUUAGCACAAUUGUUGCAUCGAAUCGUAGAAAUUUUUAUUUUCUUUGGCGCUAUUAUAUCGAUCCGUAAUAGAAAACCUUCCAGUCCUUUAUUAGUCGUUUGUGUGGUAUUUAUAAUGCUGGAAAUGUUCUUUUGCAUUUAUGCGUUGAUCGAGUUGAAUUGCAAACACAGCUUUGAAGAGUUUUAUCGUACUAAGCCAGAGUCGAUUAUGAGAUUCUGGGGUCAGAUCCUCUUCGGGAUUCAGAAUGAUCGAUUUGAGAAUAAGUUGUAUACGACAAAAAAAUUGGAUAAGGCUAUUCGGGAAUUACGUUACAUCUAUUUGAUUACUCUAUACAUUUUGGACUUCUUAUUCGCUUUGAUCCUGAUUUUUAAAGCCUACUCAGCGAUGGUGAUUUACAGCAGCGUUGUUGAAUUGAAACAAAUAACUUCUCAACAUGUCCAUUAUAAUGUUGAAAGGAAUGCUGCCCAGUUCAUCCAACCUCAUACUCAUCUCAAUUCCUAUCCCAAUUCCCCACCAUAUCUUCAAUAUCCUGCUCACCCUUCUGUGAGUGGAGUUCGGUACAAUUGAUUGAUUAUUCGUGACUUUUCGAAGGUACAUUAGUCUUUUUAGAGAUUGCGGUUGAGUCUCUACGAAUGUGAUUUUUAUUGAUUUUGUUCUUAAUUUCGUAUAAGUAUGCUGAAGAUUUCCCAUUUUUUUGUUUUGAUUUUUUGAUUUUUGUUUUUUUUUAUCAUUCAUUUUUUUUCAUGUAAAUAAUAUCUAAGUAUUUACUUAAUAAAUGACGUAGGUUAUCUUAUUAAAUUGUUUCAUUGUAAUUUUCGUUAUUUUUCAUAGGUUCCUAACUUGUUUUAUUUUCAAGAUAUUCGAUGUCGUUUUGUAGAGAUUGCAGUUGAAUCUCUUGAGUAACUAUUUUUUUGAUUAGUUUUUAUCGUAUCAUUUAAGCAAUUUUCCUAUUUUUUUAAUUUUUUUAUUAAUUUGGUUGGAUUUUGUUUGAUCCAUGCACCGAAGGUAAUUUUAGUAGACUUUUUUCAAUAAUUUUACCUAUUUGCUUUGUAAUUUGGAAGUAGAUCCUCUCGUUGUUUGAAAAGUCAAGAUUAAAGCAUAAUUAUUAUCUACAAUAAA